AUGACACGCGAUGCGCAGUCAGGGCCGCGAUCAGUCAGCUCGGCAUGUCCGUCGCCUGCUUUCGAAACGUGGUACCACGCGCCAGGUCUCCCUGGUGGUCAUCGCGGCCACGAGGCGACGAAUUUCGCCUCGCGCCGACCAGCCACAGGCAUGAAAAUAGGCAAUGCCGAUUGUGUCAUAACCCUGCUGCAUUCACAUGCGCCGAUGGACAAUGGAACGAAGCCCAAUGCCGCCUCGGAGCCGGAGGCUAAGAGCUGCUCGUCCAGGUGCGAUUCCGGGUCUUGCCGGACAAGAAAAGGGCGAUCUGCCGCUGCGGGUGAUGUCACUUUCUGGAGAGCUGGGACGAUCAUGAGACGGCCUCGGCUGCAGCAUCACACGUAG